GAGAUACACACAGAUCGCAGCCGCAGAGGGAGCAGGAAGCAUCUUUGAGCACGUCCCCGUUUAAUAAAUAUAUAUUCUGUCUCUGUUCUUUCACAACCGGUCUGUAGCCACAAACUCUCAUCGCCGCACGUUCUGUGUAAUCCAAGCGAGUUCAAAAUGCGAUUAUCUAAUUACUGGACAAACUGUUUAAUCUAACAAAAAGGAACUUCACAAGGUAAAGAAACAAGAUGUUUUAUUUAUUUAUUUUUUCCUAGGAACUUCUGGAAAUGACAACUACGAUUUAAUUACAGAGUUCAGGAAAUGUGCGCGUUAGGGACAGUUGUAUUUUGUUUAUGAAUGUUACAGUACAGUAGGCUACACAUCUGCACAACAUUCUGUUUGCUAAUGGUCAAGAUUAGAAACUGCAGUAAUGCACCUAUAGGCUUCUCUAAAGCGUGCCUUUAAUGGGAGGGCGGUCUUGGAUUACUAUUUGUACAAACCUUCAACUUCAGACACAUCUCAAACGCAGCUGUAAUCAUGCAGUCACUACUGUUAAGCCGUCUUCUUUUUCUAGUGUGGAGUCUUGAUGCUUUAACAUAUCGACAUGAUGAGAAAUUAAGAACGAUCAAUAGGGGCAAUGGUCAGACUCACCUUUCUGCAAGGGAUGUUGUAAAUUGUUCUAAUUCAGAAUUGCAUAGGAAAUGGCUGAUAAUAUAUGGGAAAAUAGCGAAGGACAGGUGCCAUUUCAAAAGGCAUUCUACAGGUGGUUCUUUAGAGGUAAUAAAAAAAUGGUUGAGAAUAAAUAAUGCCUCAUCGUUUGAAAGGGCUUUGCAAAUCAAAUCCAAAGGUUUGACGAACAGCCGAGGAAAUGUACAUUAUGACUCCGCAGCGAACAUCAUCAGAACCUUCCCGGAUCAAUCGCCUGCAAAACUCCACAGGGGACUUAAGUACCAUCGCAACGGCAAGUUAAAUUCCAACCUGGCUGCCAUGGAAACACAAAGGGGAUACAAUUACUCGGAGCUUCAAUUUGAUUCAAAGGGGCGUGAAUUAGUUUCGCAAGCAGCGAGGAAUCAAAGACGAAAAAGGGGUGCCGCCAACACAGAAAAUAACAAGAAAAAAGGAAAAGGCAGAAACAAAAAGCCAACGAAUAAUGGCCACGCAUCUACUCAUUUAAAUGGUUCUACUGAGGUAACCCCUACAUGGGAAAAUCCCAAACCCCUACCACUUAACGACUCCUCCGAUUAUUCAAAUGACUAUACCAGAAAUGAUGGACUCUACACACUACCAGAGGACCUGUCUGUAACCCCUACAAUGCCUUUUAAUACACGGGGAAGAAAAAAUGAGCUGAAAAACCCGUUUUACCCCUUAACAGACGUAACUUAUGGAGCAUAUGCAAUCAUGUGUUUGUCUGUGAUUAUAUUUAUUGUUGGUAUAAUGGGGAACAUUGCAGUUAUGUGCAUAGUUUGUCACAACUACUACAUGAGGAGUAUUUCUAAUUCGCUUUUAGCCAACCUGGCGUUUUGGGAUUUUUUGAACAUCUUUUUUUGCUUGCCCCUUGUGAUAUUCCAUGAACUUACAAAAAAGUGGCUAUUGGGAGAGUUCUCAUGCAGAAUCAUACCAUACAUUGAGGUGGCCUCGCUUGGAGUUACUACUUUCACAUUGUGUGCUCUCUGCAUUGACCGAUUCCGUGCUGCAGCAAACGUGCAGAUGUACUACGAGAUGAUUGAGAACUGCACUUCCACCACAGCCAAGCUAGCUGUUAUCUGGAUUGGGGCACUGCUGCUGGCCCUUCCUGAGGUGCUUCUUCGUCAGCUCGUCACAGAAGAUCCUGUAGCCACCGGUACUGCAGCCUCCGGCUCUGCGGUGACUAGUUUCUCUGCCGCUGGGUCUGCCGCAGAGCGGUGUGUGGUUAAAAUCUCCCCAGAGCUUCCUGACACAAUUUAUGUUCUUGCGCUGACGUAUGACGGUGCCAGGCUGUGGUGGUACUUUGGGUGCUAUUUUUGUUUACCAACGCUCUUCACUAUUGGCAGCUCUCUUAUAACAGCAAGCAAAAUCCGAAAAGCAGAGAAAGCCUGUGUUAGAGGAAACAAGAAACAAAUUCAGCUGGAAAGUCAGAUGAACUGCACAGUGGUGGCCUUAACCAUCUUGUAUGGCUUUUGUAUCAUUCCUGAAAAUAUAUGCAACAUUGUCACGGUCUACAUGUCCACAGGGGUCCCUAAGCAGACUACAGACCUUCUUCAACUCAUUAGCCAGUUUCUUUUGUUCUUCAAGUCAGGCGUGACCCCAGUACUUCUCUUCUGCCUUUGCAAGCCUUUCAGCAGGGCUUUUGUGGACUGUUGCUGCUGCUGUUGUGAAGAAUGUGUCCAAAAGUCUUCAACUGUGACGAGUGAUGACAAUGACAAUGAAUACACUACAGAACUUGAACUGUCUCCUUUCAGCACAAUACGGCGCGAGACGUCUGUUUACACCCCUGUCGGUACUCAUUGCUGAACUGCACACGCAGUUCCUUUACUGAAACACUGAAACAAUAACACCUACCUGUAUACACUGGGAAAUGCAUAGAAUUCAUAAACAAUCUUUUUAAUACAACAGUUUACUAAUGAUUUGUUUUUAUAAUAACCUUCUUUAAGUUAUGUUUCAAGUGGAAACAAAACACGUUUUUAGAAAUGUAAUAAUCUUGAAACAUUAGUGCUUUGAAAAUAUUUCUACGUUUGUAUAGUACAAUACUGUACAUGAUCAUUUACCAACAAUUUUCUUUUGUUACUUUUUUUAUUUGUUGCAUGUGCAAACAAAGUUUGCUCUGUAUAUUUAAAACAUUGUGUUGAAAGUAAUAUCGAAAAUGGCUGGUCGUAAUGUAACUGAUAUGUUUUUCGAUAAUGGCGAUUAUUGUGAAUCAGUGAUGAAGUAUUUGUAGAUGCCCUGAUAUGUGAGUUUUUAUCAGUCACUUUGAACCAGUGAAUUUAAUCCACUAUUUUAGCAGUUAAAUUGUAAAAUUAUGCUUAAAUAUCACAACUGAGUCAAUACAAUAAGUGUUUGCUUGCUAAAAUGUGUUUUCUGGAGAACAAAAAUAAGGAAAGUUUAAUCUGCUGGGUCAAUUUUUUAUUUAAUUUUGUUCGGAGUAAAUAAGUAAGUAUGUAGGUAGUAAGCAGUAAUGACAGCCUGGGAUCGAUAAAUCAGUUUUUAGUGUGGAAAACCAAUGUAAUUUUUGGUAUUACUGUAUUUAUAACAUUAAUAAAUUAAAAUCUAGAACACAAAAAAUAAUAAAAUCCUUAGGCUUCAACCUACUGUAUUUUACUGUGUCAAUAACUUUAGCCUCUCACCUAUUCAAACUGAUGGAAGAUAUACAGUAUUCAAUUUGUUAAAAUGUCUGGAAACAUAAAAUGCAGAGGGCUAGAUUUACUAAUAUUUUUAUUCUGAAAGAUUAAAAAAAAAACAAAAAAAACUAAUUAAAAUGUACUUUAGAAGCCCCUAGAUUAAAUAUUUGAGCUGUUUAUUUUGGGUAACUUUAUUGGGUGUGCUGUUCGGUUUUGAAAAAAAACAUGCUAAUUAUUAGGCCUAUGUGCAGUAAAAAGGUUUGAGAAUGUAGCCCAGCAUUUGCACUUUCCAGAGGUGAAUUUAACGGUUCUCAGAGAAAUAUAGAUGCAGACAGAAAAAAUAUAUAUUAACUGGGAACCAGAGUUGAAACAUAUGAUUAGGUUUUACUGCAAAGCUAGCUUGUUGAAAAGAAAAUAACCAAACCAGGAAAGAAAGGGCACUAAACAAGUAUGGCUGCCGACUGCCAAUAGUCAUUAACAUUUAAUAGGCCUGACCUUUGAAACUCCUUUCCUUAUGCCUCAAAACGUAACCAGUGUCGGGGGUAGAAUAACUGAUGUAGCCUGGAACACAUUAAUGUUAUGAUUCUGCCAUAACAUUGUAGGAUAAAAUGACUUAAUCUAAUUUACACAAAGUGGGAAAUUAUUAUGAACUGUCUCCAUAAUUAUUCGUGUAACAAAUUUUGUGACAAAACAUGUUUAACAGCACAAAAACUACUGACUGUUUAGAGAACAUUAUAGCAGUCGUGGAGAGGAUGCAUCUGACUGUUUCAGGUUACUAAGCAACCAGACAUCAAUUUCCCUUCCUAAUCAGGAGAUCAACUGCAGACAAAUGUCUGGAACAAAUAUAAUAAAGACGAGGAGGUAAAUACUAGUACAUUGACUUUGACAGCAUAACAAUAACUACCAGUACUUCUGCGUAUGUGAGAGUUACUUUACGUUUGCUAUUGUAGCAUAUAUCAUUGACCAAGUAUUUGUGCAACCUGGACCCUAGUGAAUAUGUAUUAACUAGCUAAAUUACACUGCCAGCUUUAUUAUCCCCUGGGGAUUCAAUUCCUGCUGACAGGGAUGUAGUGGAGGCGAUCGUUCAUAUACGUACGUGUGUCACACUAUGUUUUACCAUAUAUCUGGAAAACUGCAUACCCAAUUGUCAUGACACUUGUUAUUAACGCUAUUUAGCCGGGGGUGUCUGUGGAGGGUGAUGUAUGUUACUGACAUACUUGUUUUAAAUGUAAUUAGCUCCUUUUUUUAACCCAGCAUGAUCAUUUAGAAAUGUGCUUAAUUAAUAAACCUACUGUAUAUGGAUUGCUUUUCAUAGAUUCAAUUCAAGAUAUUCUGUAUGAUCAAUAAUGAAAAAGUCUUGUUUGGUUGUCCUUGGAAACACUGUAAUCAGCCUUGCUCCCUCCCUCUAGUAACACUGACCAACCUUAUUAGAUAUCACACAGCCUAUAUUUUUUGUAGUCCACUGUAAACCAACCCACCUCCACAUUUUUCAAUAGAUCUUCCCCUUCUCUUCAGUAUUGUCUGUAAUGGAGCACAGGAUUUUUAUGGUAGAAACAUUUCCUGUGAUGGAAUACAUAGAGACAUCAUUAAAGAACCAACAACCUG